AUGCUGUCGGGCCUGUUGCGGAGAUGCGGCGGGCGCCCCGGGGGCCGGGACUGGAGCCGGUGCUGGCGGCGGGGCCUGGUGGCCGGCCAGCCGAUCCACGACACGCACCCGGAGGUGCUGGCGGUUGGGGAACUCGCGCCUGGUCUCGGGGCCUGGGAGUUCGCCCAGCGGAGGAGGAGGCUGGCGGCGAAGAUGCCGCCGCGGUCGGUCGCCGUGCUCUCUUCCACCGGCGAAAGCGCGAUGGUUGGCCUCAAGUCACCGUCUAGACAGGACUCAAACUUUCUAUAUUUGACGGGUGUCACACAGCGAGCGGUUGCUGUCAUAAAGCAGCUGGGGUCUGCAAGCAAAGAUCCUGGAGACCACUUCUUUGCAUUGUUUGUGCCAGCUCCAAGUGAGAGGGACUGUUGGGAUGGGAAACGAAUGGACCACCGUGCCGCAGUCGAGUGUUUUGGCGCUCAUGAAGCCUUUCCAAUGGCCAUGCUCAGCCACAAGCUGCCCCAGCUUGUGCGCGAUGCCUCGGCUGUGCUGUUUGAUCUGGACAGGGAGCCAGAGUCACGUGACCUGGUAGCGGAGGUGAAGGCCAUGCUGGUAGCCAGGGCCCUGGGCCAGGUGGAACCCCUGGGGCCCUAUGUGCAUGCCCUGCGUUGGCGCAAGUCCCCUGCUGAGAUACAGCUAUUGGGCAGGUCAGCCAGCCUUGCGGCAAGCGCCUUACGGCGCUGCAUGGAGAUCUCCCGCCCGGGGGUGGCGGAAGCGACCCUUGCAGCCACAUUUGAGUAUCUGUGCAAAGUUGGGGGUGCACAGAAUUUGGCAUACCCUGCGAUUGCCGCUAGUGGACCCGACUGUUGUGCCAUUCAUUAUUCAAGGAAUGACAAGACUGUAAGGGAGAGGGAUUUAAUUCUCAUGGAUGCGGGGUGUGAACUGUUUGGCUACGCCAGCGGUGUCACGCGCACCUGGCCUGCCACUGGACGCUUCUCAGGCCCCCAGCGUGAUUUGUAUGAGGUUGUGCGGGCAGUGCAUCGCUGUUGCCUGUUGGCCUGCCAGCCAGGGAUGUCCUUGAUGCAGAUGCACCACAUGUCAGUCCAAACACUGUGUGAGGGCUUGCACAGCCUGGGAAUUGGCUCUGCAUCAGUCAGCACGUUGAUGAAGGGAGCAUACAAGAAGUUCUACCCACACAUGAUUGGGCACUACCUGGGCAUUGACGUCCACGACACGACGCACGUGCCUUGGGAGUCGCCCCUGGAGCCAGGUGUGGUCCUGGGCCUGCAGCCGGGGCUCUACAUUCCUGACGAAGACGGCUUUGGCGCAUUUCGGGGCCUUGGGGUGCGAAUCGAGGACGGCGUCGUCGUCACGGAACAGGGCCCUAGGGUCCUGUCUGGUGGGGCGCCCAUCGAAGCCGAGCACAUUGAGGCCGUUGUGGGGUGGGACGUGGCCUGUGACGGCGAUGAAGACGACUUCGAAGAGCUGGCAAUCUGUGGGUCUUAG